ACAUGUGUGCACAUGCAUGUGCCACAUAUCACGAGUGUGGAGGUCAGAGCAUAACUUGCAGGAGAAUGGCACAGGAAAAUAAUUGAAAAAGCAUAUUACAAUGUUUUAAGUAAGUUUGUAGUUUUGUAUUGGGCUUUAUAGCUAUCUUGAGGGUGCAUGCAGCCUGUGGGCACAGCUGGAACAUGCUGGUAACUCAUGACUUUGACAAGAAACAGUCGAUAUGGAUGCUCUGGGUUCUACUCAUUUCUUCUCUCUACAGCACUGGCCACUUCUUUUUUUCCUUCCAGCUGUGGGGGCCUCCACACAGGAGAGUGUGGCCUGACGCUAGUUCUGAGGACUCUACUCCCUCUCCCUGCCAUCAGUCUUCUGAGACAUCUCCACCAUUCUCUGGCAGAAUGAACGCCCUUGAUGGUGUCCCCUUCAAGGUGCCCAAGGGCUUUGUAAUGGACACAGAACCCCAACCUGCUCCAGAGCUCAGUGUCCUGGACUGUAGAGAGCUUCUGCUGGGCUCCAUGUAUGACUUCAGCCUGGAAAGGAAGGCUCUCUUCUGGGUGGAAGCAGCCAUCCGAGGACCUUGUCCCCAACAAUGCCAUGACCCGGGGAUUGCAUCAGCCCCUCCAGCCUGGUUCUUACUGGUCAGUCCAAAUGACAAUCUGGUACCUGCACCUGCUGAAGUCAGAGGCCCCGAGGCUGGACUACAAGAACCUCCCGAGGAGGAAGAAGAAGAAACAGGGGAGAAUAGGGAUGAGGAAGAUGCCUCCUCUGCUAGCGAGGAGGCGAUGGACUCCAGCAGCCCUCUGCCCGGCUCCCCUGCAGGCAGUCGCCGCUACUCCCUGGAUGUGCUGCAAAACAUGAGGUCCCAGCUGGCUGGUGUCCGGCGCCGGCUCUCAGAGAGCAGACUAGCCACGUGUCCUCCAGCCCUUCUGCACCGCUUUCGAGGCCCCCGCACUCUGAGCCUGAGUUCCAGCCUGGCGUCAGCCCCUGGCCUAGCACUGCAGCCCCCCAGCUUUCCCGAGCUGCCCCCACGACCCGCCACCGCCGACGCCAUGCCGCCACUGCGGAGCCACAAGCCCACUGUCGCUUCUCUCAGCCCAUACACCUGCUUGCCACCUCUUAGUGGGACACCCCAGCCCCUCGACUCCUGUAGAUUGCAUCCUGAUUCAGCAACUGACCUGCUGUCUGCUCUGACCAAAGAGGAGCAAGACCUCAUCGGGCCGGUGGUUGCUUUGGGCUAUCCCCUGGGAAGGGCCAUUGUGGCUCUGCAGAAGACAGGAAGGCAGAGUCUGAGCCAGUUCCUCGGCUACCUCAGUGCCUGUGAGAGGCUGCUGCGGCAGGGCUAUGAUGAGGCCCUGGUGGAUGAGGCCAUGGAGAUGUUCCAGUGCUCCGAGCACCAGGCAGGGGAGUUCCUGCGCCUCUGGCAGCAGUUCAGUGACAUGGGCUUCCAGCAAGACCGGAUCAAGGAGGUGCUGUUGGUCCACGGCAAUCGGCGUGAACAAGCCCUGGAAGAGCUGGUAGCCUGUGCCCAGUGACAAGCCAGGAUACUCUGUGUUACGUGGCUGACCAGUGAAGUACCAGACCCACCACCCAUCCUAACUGCAUUAUUAAAACCUAAUAAGACAA